UUUUCUCUCUCUCUCUUUCUCUCACUGCAAAGCUCGUUCUUCUUUCAGAUCACUGUCUGAAUUCAGACAAUUUUUUUUGGUGGGUUAAUUCAAUAAUGUCGGAGAACGAGGUUUUCCCCGACGAGUUUCGUUGCAACCGGUCCGACGGGAAGCAAUGGCGGUGCAAGAGACGAGCUUUAGAAGGAAAGAAGAUGUGCGAGACUCACACCUCGCAGCUUACUCUGAAGCGGAGCAAGCAGAGAGCUGCUGAGUCAACGAGAUCAAGAGAAGGAGAGAUCGAGGCAGGGAGAUCGAAGAAGAGGAAGAUGGGGGGAGAAGCAGAGGCUGUUGAUGAAGCUGUGAGGAAGAUGGGGUUGAAGAGAGGUGAUUUGCAGUUGGAUUUGAUAAGAAUGGCGUUGAAGAGAGAAGCUGAGAAGAAGAAGAAGGCAAAGCCAAAAAAGAAGAAGAAGAAGAGGAAGGAGAUUAGUGUUAACAGUGAUUUCGUUGGGGAAGAGUUAACCAAAGUUCUUCCUUAUGGGAUUAUGGCUAUUUCUCCACCUUCUCCGACUACUAGCAAUGUGUCGUCAUCUCCUUGUGAUGUUAAAGUAGGUGGAGAACCGGUUUCUUUGACUAAGAGAAGGUUUAGGUCUAAGAAUAUUGCGCCUUUACCUUUUGGGAAGAUGCAGGUGGUUCCUUUAAAGGGGAAGUUGGUUAAGGCCAAGAAGAGGUGCCAUUGGUGUGGAACUAGAGGAUUUGAGGAUUUGAUUACUUGUCUGAGUUGUAAAAGGGAGUUCUUUUGUGUAGAUUGUAUUGAGAAAAGGAACAAGGGAUCAAAAGAAGAAGUUGAGAGAAAAUGCCCUGUAUGCUGUGGAUCAUGUAGGUGCAAGGCUUGCUCAGCUACUAUGUCUGGAGUCACUGAAUGUAAGGAUUCUCGGAAUGUACGGAGUAAUAUUGACAGAGUUUUGCAUCUACAUUAUGCUGUCUGCAUGCUUCUUCCUGUAUUAAAAGAAAUCAAUGCAGAAGACAAAGUAGAGAUCCAAAACAACACAGAGAAGAAAGGGCUACAUCUAGCUGAACCGCAAACUCAUAUCUCUAACUUAACCUCUGAUGAUCAACAGCACUGCAGUGGUGACUCUGCCGUUGUGGAUUCGCAGAAAAUGUCCACCCGCAGUUCCUCUGUUCUCAGGCUGAGUUCUGACCAAGACGGUAGUCAAGGGAGCUUAUCUAAAAAGGUUGGGUUAGUGAAAUGCUCGAAUGGUAUAAAAUCUUGUAAGCCGCUCUUAUCGAACACCUGCGACCAAUCUCUGAAGACAGCUCUGAUAGAUUGCAAGCGUGAAGAAGUCAAAGAGUGCAGCAAUGACCUUUCUUUGAGAAGUCUGUUCUCUCUGGAGUUGGCAAGAAAGUUAGAAACCAGUGCAGAGGAAAUAAUCAGCUGCUAUGAGUUGCCGGAAACUUUAGAUAAAUACUUGGCAUGUCCUUUUUGUCUUGGAAAGGAAAAGCCAUCUAGUUUGAAGGAAGCUUCCAGGAGAAGAGAAGAUACAUCUACUAACUUUUUAUACUACCCUACAGUGAUAGAUCUUCAACAAAAUAACCUGGAACACUUUCAGACACACUGGAGCAAAGGGCAUCCUGUUAUAGUUCGUAGUGGGUUAAAGAAAGGUUCAAACCUGAACUGGGAUCCAAUAGGCAUGUUUUGUAGCUAUCUUAAGAAGAGCAAUAGCAAAACCGGUGAUACAACCGAUUGCAUGGAUUGGUUUGAGGUGGACAUUGGGGUGAAACAAGUCUUUUUGGGGUCUUUUAAUGGAGAAGCUGAAACUAAUACUUGUCAAGAGAGGCUGAAGCUGGAGGGAUGGCUUUCGUCUUCUUUGUUUAAAGAACAGUUCCCAAAUCAUUAUGCUGAAAUACUGAGAAGUUUACCUAUUCCUUAUUACAUGGAUCCAAAGCGUGGUAUACUAAAUAUUGCUGCUGACCUACCUGAUGUUAUUCAAGCACCCAACCUAGGUCCAUGCCUCAAUAUUUCUUUCAGGAGUGGUGAAGACUAUGCAAAGCCUGAUUCUGUGAAGAAGUUAGGGUUUGAAACUUGUGACAUUGUUGAUAUCUUGCUGCAUGUCACAGAAACAGUAGUGACAACAAAGCAGAUUUGCAGAAUACGAAAGCUAAUGCAAAAUAUUGGAAAAGUAAGAUCUAAAAACUCAGAAAAGAGGAAGGAGAGCAGGUUUGGUAGGGGAAAGAAACAACAUAGGAUUGACACUUCAUAUGCUCAGAGGAAUUGGUCGGAUGACUCUUCCAGUUCUGACUCAGAAUCUUCACAAUACCGUUUAGGAAGUGAGUUUAAGGUAGAGGAAAGAGAAAUCUGCAACGAUUCCUGUAAAGAAGAGAGCCUAAGCAACUCUUGUGGUGCCCAAUGGGAUGUUUUCCAGAUACAAGAUGUUUCUAAACUUCUUGAGUAUAUUAAGAACCACUGUCACGAGCUAGUACCCAUGGAUUCCAGCAAAGAACAAGUGAGUCAUCCAUUACUUGAGCAGAGUUACUAUCUUGAUGAGUAUCACAAAGCAAGGCUUAAGGAAGAAUUUGACGUUGAACCAUGGAGUUUUGAUCAAUGUGUUGGGGAAGCAGUCAUCGUCCCUGCUGGAUGUCCAUACCAAAAUAGAAAGAACAAGUCUUGUGUGAGUGCGGUCCUGAAGUUUCUUUCACCGGAGCACGUUACUGAAUCGAUCAAACGAGUGGACGAGCUUCAUCAACUUCCUCAGAGCGUCAAAACGAAAGCAAACAAGAUUGAGGUGAAGAAAAUGGCUAUCUAUAAAGUCAGAGAAGCUAUAAAGGAGAUCCGGGAGCUCACAUCUUCAGAUUCAACGGCUGCAUCGAGGUUGUAACUAGAACUAGAGGUACCAAAUCUUGAUUCUUGACCAUUGAGAACUAUACACCAUUAUUGGCGGAAAGAUUCAGCUGUGGAGUUAUAGUUUCAAGGAGUAGCAGAAUGUAAAGAUAUAUAUAUUGAAAUAAACAAAUAAGAACAAAGAGAAGCAAAGUGGAAUUGAUUUGCCAUUCAGAUUGUUUUCAGAUGAUAAAUAAUAAAGAAGCAUUGAUAUUAAACUUUUCUUUCUGUUUUCCUUAGAGCAUUACACUUGUUAUCAACAAAAUCUAAUGAUACUAGUGGUUCGGCCGCGCUGCGCGCGGAUGGUUGUCGGAUAUUUGUAUUAUUUAAAAUUUUAAAAUUAUUUCUUGGUUUGUAAUAUAAUAUUUUUUAUUGUGUUUUGUUUAUG